UUCAUUGUUGGACGCUUUUCCAACUUAACUUCAAACCCUUCCCGUUUUCCGCUUUCAAACAUGGAUAUAAAAACCUUGCUAAACAAUCUUCAUAAAGAACUAUCCUGUUCUGUGUGCCUGAUCACAUUCACUGAUCCAAAACAGCUACCAUGUUUACACAGUUUUUGUCUUCACUGCUUGAACGAGAUUCUACGAAUGAGUGGCCGCAAAGAUAUCAUAACCUGCCCGGACUGUAGAGGAGAGAGUAGAGUCCCUAGCAGUGGAAACCUGAAAGACUUGCCGACCAAUUUUCGAAUCAACAGUUGGCUAGAUGUGUUGGCCAUCAAAGAUUGCAACACUACAGUUGUCAAAUGUGGAAACUGUGACAAGAAAAGCGCUCACAGUUUGUACUGCUUUCAUUGUUGUGCAUUCUGGUGUGACGACUGUAUCAGUGCGCACAACAUAAUCCGAGCUAAUAAAGACCACCGAGUGUUGGCGAUUAAAGACCUCCAUGAUCGAGACAUCGAGGAUGUCUUAAAGCGACCAGCAUUUUGUGGAAAGCCAGGACACGGAAAGAAAGAACUGGAAUUCUUUUGUAGGAACUGUGAAGAACCCAUUUGCAACUCUUGUGCUACAACCAUUCACGACGGCCACGUCAAAAUACUUUUGGAAGAAGCGGCAAAUGAAAGAAUAGCAGAAGCGCAGUCUAUGAUUGAAUGUCAAAAGCAAAAGGCCGAACAGAUAAGGAAUAAAAUCUUUCUGAGGAAUGAAAUCUGUGCAAAAAUUCACGAAGAAAUCGCCAAUGUGAAAAGAAGCGCGCAGCAGUUUGCUGAUAAUAUGAUCGUUGUCAUCGAGGCAAAAAAGGAGGAGAUCUUUAAUGCAGCUGAAAAUCAAGGAAAGCAAUCACUCGAACAACUGGGAAUACAAAAGAGUGACAUUGAACAACAAGCUCAAAUAAUCGAGACAGGAGUUGAAAAAGCUGAAGCACUUCUGGAGCGAAGCACAAGCUCUGAGAUAGCACAGUUAGACAAGUCAUUGAAAACAAUCUUUCGGGAAGAAGUCAAACAUGAAGGAGAACACAUCGACUGUGACCUUGAAGGUCUUCGACGAUUUAUUUUCGAGGAAAACGAAAAAUUGCUAGAGAAAGCAACCGCUGAAGGAAUCGGAUCUUUCAAAACCUUCUUGAGCAAGACUGAAGCGCAGCAAUCAAAUGCCAAAGGAAGUGGAAUCAGUGAAGUUAUCGUUGGACUUGAAACACAGUUUGUUUUGACGACUAGAAAUGCUGAAGGAGAACAAUGCUAUGAAGCGCAUGACUGUUUAACAGUGAAAAUGAGAAAUCGUCAAGGACAGGACUGUGCGACGAAAGCGCGAGUCAAAGAUAACCAAGACGGCAGCUACAGGAUCAGCUACUUCGCCAAAGAAACUGGAAGAUACCAUUUAUCAGUAAAAAUAAACGAGGAACAUGUCCAUGGUAGCCCAUUUGCGCUUCAAGUCAAACCCAGACAGUUCAGACCCGUCUCAUCGUUUGGUCAACGAGGCUCGGGCGCUGGAAUGCUAUUUUGCCCUUGGGGAGUGGCAGUGAAUGAACGUAAUGAAAUUGCAGUGACUGAUGCUCUUAACCACAGAAUUCAAGUGUUCAGUAGUGAUGGGACUUACUUAAGAUCGUUUGGUAGAGAGGGCGACAAACAGGGAGAAUUUGACUUUCCUGCUGGGAUAGCUUUUGAUCCAAAGAACGGAAAUAUUUUGGUGUCGGACCGUAAUAACUGUCGUGUCCAAUUGUUCAAUGAGCAGGGUGAGUACGUGAACCAGUUUGGUGGUAAAGGAAAUCUUGAUCAUCAGCUUCAGUUUCCCGGUGGUUUAUCAGUAGACAGUGACUGUAAUGUUAUUGUCGCUGAUUGGGGUAACAAAGUAAUUAAGAUAUUUUCUCACAAUGGCCACUUUCUACGUAAAAUUGGCGAAAAGGGUUCUUUUAACAGACCCUGGCAUUGUGUCCAAUAUGACAAUUAUCUUAUAGUAUCAGAUAGAGGUGAAGAUUGCAUAAAAGUAUUUAAUAAGGAUGGAACUUUUUUGUACAAAUUUGGAAAGGGAGGGUCAGGGGACGGGGAGUUCAAUCAACCUCGUUGCUUGUCAGUUAACAAAGCGGGACACCUGAUGGUCUGUGAUAGAGAGAAUCACAGAGUUCAGGUGUUCGAACUAAGUGGAAAGUUUAUGGCAAAGUUUGGAACAAAAGGCCGUGGGAUAGGAGAGUUUAAUGGACUAUCAUCUACAGCAGUUCUUAGUGAUGGUAGGAUAGUUGUGUCUGACUUUGCGAAGGAUCGCAUUCAAAUCUUCGAGUAGAUCGACUUGUUGCCCAGUCAGCUACCAAAAUAUAUCGGGUAAUUUUUAAAAUAGAAAUUUCUGGCCAAUCCUUAGUCGAGAGUAGUGUGAUAUGGGCUAAAUCACUCUAACACAAUAGAUAGCCUUGGAUUAUCUCUACAUUUUACGUUUGAACUAUUGACUCUUUUCUGUAUGGUUGCAGUUUUCGGUUUUUACCAAGUAUACCUGCAUGUUAUAGCAAGUCACGGCUCAGAUCGAUUAUGUGGCUCAACUAUUCUAGAGAUUUUAAAUUUUUAUCGAAAUGUAUUUACAUAAUAAGAGGUUUGUGAUUCUUUGAUAUGUGAUCUUUUGCUAGUAAGCUGCUUUGUUAUAAAAGGUAGAACUUCGAAGGAUCUGGAUGGAGAUGACGUAGUCUCAGUUUAUCAGUUAAAGUUUUGGUGAUUUCUCAGCUAUCAUUCCAAAUUUCUGGCUAUUAAUAGGCCCUUUGCAGCUAAGC